CCUUCUUCCUGUUUAUUUUUUCUAACUAGCUCUCCAUACAUGUAAUGCACCAGCAGCUCGUCAUUGAAUGAAAUAUCUUUUGUAUUGAACCGUCUUCGUUGUGUAUGGCAACAUCGGAACAAGCAGAAAAUUGCUAUUUUUCCUCGAAUAUGAAAUUUCUACUAAAAUCUGCUGAUGGCAGGUAGUCUGCCAGGAUGCUGCAUCCGUUUACACAGACAUCAAGUAUUAUUCAGUUGCCUGUUGGACUUCAAGUUCUUCCCUGUACCGAGUGAGCCAGCAAACGCAUGUCGCGAAUCAGGACCACACUCGACAGUGUCACCAAGGCAGUAGGCAGCACAGACCUCAUCUCCAAGUUCUCCCGCUUCAAGCCUGGCGGUCCCACAGUCGACAGCGCCCAUGCAGAGAAAGUUCUCGUCAAAGCUGAGAUCUUAACCUCUAACAGCACAGCUGCAGCCUCGCCGCCUGAAGCCAUCAUGAACGAAGAAGAAGAGGGCGAGAGGAACACAGCGGAGGAUGAGUCAGAUAAGCAGCGGCAGCAAGUUACAGAACAUCCGUACAUUGCCACAAAGAAAUCCACAUCCAGUUUAGCUUCGGCAGCGAGUGUGUCUACGUCGAGCUCUUCCUCAACUGUCGCAAAACAAAGUAUGCAGCUGUUUCAACCAGUAGCUCUGUCCACCAACAUGGAUGAGACCUACAAAACUCUGGCUGAGCACAUCAAUUGUUACUUUGGUACCAGCAUGCAAGAUGGAGAAGGAGACAACAAGCAGCAGCAGCACGGAAAAGGGGAUGAUCCUGUUUCUGAGCCCACUCUCAGCGCCGUCACUCGGACAACUACGGACCACAUUCCAGUUUUGUCUCCGGUGGCAGAGGCAAAGAGCACUGACACAACCACUACCUCUAAUCCCCCUCCCUGCCCAUCUCCAUCAGAAAAGCUCAGUCCUCCAGCAGCGACGCCCUCAUCUGACACCCCUGCAGCUCAGUCCACCCCUGUGCCUGCUAGCUCCCCUAAAAAAGGCUUCACCCACUAUCUUUCCUACCCUCGGCCCAGCGUCCAGGCAUUUGUGGGCAGCUACAUUGCACCCCUGGUCCCCAAAUUCAGAGGUGAUUCCAAAAGCGUUGCCGCUGAAAAAGACAAGUCUGCAGCAGUCGCCGAGGGAGAGCUCACCGCGGACAAGGCGGGAGAGAAAACUGAUAGCGAGGAGGAGAAAGCAGAUAAAGUGAAGCAACAGCAAAGAGAGAAGAUAAUAGCCAGGGUGAGUGUAGACAACAGGACCAGAGCCCUGGUGAAAGGCCUGCACAAAGUGAGUGACGUCAAGCUCCUCACUAGUCGAGUAGAGGAGCUCAGCUUUCACCUUCUAGAGUUCCCAGAGACGCGAGGUGUAGCUGUCAAGGAGCAUGUGCUGCCCUGCCUGCUGCGAUUGCGCCAGGCCAGAGACCUCCCUCUACAGGCUGCUGUGAGAGAGGCACUGGCCCUGGUUGGCUACGCCGAACCAGUCAAAGGCAGAGGGAUCCGGGUCCUGGCCAUAGACGGAGGUGGAACAAGAGGACUGCUGGCCCUGCAGACUCUCCAUAAGCUGCAGAACCUGACCGGCAAACGAAUCCACCAGCUGUUCGACUACAUCUGUGGAGUCAGCACAGGUGCCAUUUUGGCCUUCAUGCUGGGGAUUUUCCAGAUCCCCUUAGAGGAGUGCGAGGAGAUGUACAGGAAGCUGGGCUCGGAUGUCUUCAAACAGAAUGUCAUCGUUGGAACGGUCAAAAUGGGCUGGAGCCACGGUUUCUACGACAGCGAAAUAUGGGAAAACAUCCUCAAGGAACGGAUGGGUGAGGGGCGAAUGAUUGAGAGUGCCAGGGACCCAAAUUGCCCUAAGGUGUCAGCAGUGAGCACCAUUGUGAACAGGGGCUUACCUUUGAAGGCCUAUGCGUUCAGGAACUACAGACUCAUGCCAGGAGUGAGAUCCCACUACCUUGGAGACUGCAAUCACAAAAUGUGGCAGGCUAUCAGGGCCUCAUCUGCCGCCCCGGGCUACUUCCAGGAAUACGUCCUGGGUAAAGACCUCCAUCAGGACGGAGGACUCCUGAUCAAUAACCCCACAGCCUUGGCCAUCCACGAGUGUAAAUGUCUGUGGCCUAACACGCCACUGCAGUGUGUGUUGUCUCUGGGCACCGGACGGUUCGAGACGGUGGGCAAGAACAGCACGGCCUUCACGAGCCUCAAGACCAAGCUCACCCACGUCAUCAGCAGCGCCACAGAUACCGAGGAGGUGCACACCAUGCUGGAUGCUCUCCUGCCCCCCGACACCUACUUCCGCUUUAACCCCUACAUGAGCGAGGACAUCCCGCUGAAUGAGAGCCGCGUGGAGAGGCUGAACUUCCUGCAGGCAGAGGGGGAGCGCUACUUGGAGCGCAACGAGGCCAAGCUGAGGAAGGCGGCCAGCGUGCUCGCCCAGGAGAAAAGCACCAUCCAGAGACUGGCCGAGUGGGCCAAGCUCAAGGCCGACAUGUACGAGGGUCUCCCCUUUGCCUCCAAGCUGUAGUUAUUGGCUCACCGAACAGUGUGACCACAAGUGAGUUUUUAAGGUAAGAAAACCCCCAAGCCCUGAUAGAUUAGUGGGGCGAGCUGGACACAUUUUCUAAGAACCUCGGUGGAACAAAACACCAAAUUAUUUGCCUAAGUUUUUAUCAUCAUCUACUCAACACUAAAAGGACUGUUUGAGAAAUUUAGAGCUAUAAUUAUUCAUUAUAGAAGACAAUACUAAACUGUAAAUAAGAGCGUGAAAUUAGAAAUGUAAUGUAAUUUAUUGUGUCUAUGAUAGAGACAGAGUUGGGUUCAUGUCUGGUUUUGCCAGUCCAGUCGGCUGUACAAGCUUAAACCGGUUUUAUUUUAAAUUACUACAGACAGUACGAGACAGCGGGCAAAAACACUGAUCUGGUAUUUGUCAUUAUGACACAUUCUGGCAAAUUGAAAAGUAGCCUACAUCAGCAACCUCUGCUGACGGCAUCACGACGCUAAAUCCAGCUUGUGUUGCUUCGGUAAUACGCAGUAUGACGUUAUUAACAUAAUAAUAUGUUUGUUUAUAAACAGAGUAACGGAGCCGCUAGUGUCUGACAGGCCCUGCACAUGGAGGAGAUCAAAUUUUAGCAUAGAUGGGAGGUGGGGGAGGGCGAGUGGCUCAUGUUGUCUUUGUUUACCAGAAAGUUCGUGUCUUUUUUGGGGUGACGAGAGGAGACAUGGCAGAUUUGAGGCUUUUGCACACAGUCUGUUUUUUUUUUUUUUUUUUCC